AUGUUGGCCAUGCACCAUAUGACCCCGGUGGAAGUUACCCAGAUCUCCAACCUGCACACGCUCAUCCUCGAAAUCAACAGCGAGGUGGCGCUGUUCCGGGACCUGCUUAUCCACGUCGGUCAAUCCCGCGAUUGCCCGGAGCUGCGGGAGAAAAUUCGAAAACUGCGCCGAUCUUGCGUCGAAGCGUGCAAACACACCGCCGCACUCAUACUGCCGCAAAUACGAACCGCCAUCGCCGAAGGCAUCCUGACCGACAACCCGCACCUGGUGCUGCUGUUCUACCUUGCUCAACUAUUUCUAAGAGAAUUAAUCAAAAGCCAUCGACUGGUGCAGGUAAUACCGAUGGACAUGUCCGGCUAUUACGAGAACCGGGCCGGGCCGUCGAAUCUCGGCAAUGUGAUAAGUCAGAUACUGCUCUGCAAACAAAUUACGCCCGACUUCAACCAGGAGGAGCUGUGCAGCAUCACCAAGGACUCGCAGGAGAUCGCCCGGAUACUGCAGGAGCUGCAAGAGUUCAUGCCCCAGCAGGAGACCUACCUGGAGCGCACCAUCGCACUGACGAACGAAGUCAACGGACCGUGGCCGGCGAAGCGGCGUCGCGGUUCGCUCUACAAGAACAUGGGCCUUCUGUGCUGCGUAUCGCGGCCCAACUACCUAUGA